UGGGAGUUCAAUUCAUGGCCUUCUUGUGUUGGAGGACCGCAAAGCGCAGCGCAGAACCGCAUCUUACAGAAUCGAGAGUGCGCGAUAAACCGGAAGCGAAACAGGCAGACUGUCGACUGUUUAUCGAACAGCGAACUUGCCGGUCGUGCAAAAGUGCUUGAACUCUCGAAAGAAUUCGCGAAUACGUGCUGGUAAUCGAAACUGAGAAGAAUUCCUGCGUGAGGAUCCAAAGAUACGGACAUUUAAUCGCGAGUUUCGUUGAUCAGAAGAAAAGCCGACCAACAUGAACGGCACAGACCACCAGAAUGGCGGCGAUUUGAACGGAUGUGGCGACAUCAUCACGCAAAAUCAGCAGAAAGGAUGCUGGACGAUCGGCCUCAUCAACUCCAAGUUUAGAUACUUGACUGCCGAGACGUUCGGUUUCAAGAUCAACGCCAACGGCACUUCCCUGAAAAAGAAGCAGAUUUGGACGUUGGAGCCAGAUACCAGCAGUACUGGAGAAAGCCUCAUCUACCUCCGAUCGCACCUCGGCAAGUACCUCUCCGUGGACUCGUUCGGCAACGUCAUGUGCGAGGGUGAAGAAAAGGACCCCGGGGCCAAGUUCCAGAUCAGCGUGGCCGAGGACGGGACGGGCCGAUGGGCCUUCCGCAACGUCGUCAGAGGCUACUUCCUCGGCUCGUCGGCCGACAAACUCACGUGCACGGCCAAGGUGCCGGGAGACUCGGAGUUGUGGCACGUGCACCUGGCCGCCAGGCCGCAGGUGAACCUCAGGUCUAUAGGAAGAAAGCGAUUCGCGCAUCUGUCAGAAAAUCUAGAUGAAAUCUAUGUCGACGCCAACAUCCCUUGGGGCGAAGACACCCUCUUCACACUUGAAUUCAGACAAGAUGAAUCUGGAAAAUAUGCCAUUCAUACGUGCAAUAAUAAAUAUCUAUCUAUGGGAGGUAAGCUGGUGGACAAGUGCUCGGCAGACUGCCUGUUCACCGCCGAGUACCACAGCGGGCAGCUGGCGCUCAGGGACAGGAACGGCCAGUACCUGAGCCCGAUCGGCUCCAAGGCGGUGCUGAAGACGCGCUCAAACACCGUCACUAAGGACGAGCUGUUCUCGCUGGAGGACUCGCUACCGCAGGCCAGCUUCGUGGCCUCCUUGAACGCCAGAUUCGUGUCCGUCAAGCAAGGUGUUGAUGUGACUGCCAAUCAAGAAGAAAUAUCUGAUCACGAGACAUUCCAACUGGAAUUCGACUGGAGCACGAAAAGAUGGUACAUCCGAACCAUGCAAGACAGAUACUGGACUUUGGAAACAGGAGGUGGCAUUCAAGCAUCCGGUGACAAAAGGUCGUCCAACGCCCUCUUCGACCUGGUGUGGCAGCAAGAUGGCGCCGUCGCUUUCCGCGCCAACAACGGCCGCUACGUCAUCACGAAGCGGUCCGGCCACCUCUACGCCACCGCAGACGCCGUCGAUGAUACGUGCAAGUACUUCUUCUACCUGGUCAACCGGCCGGUGCUGGUUUUGAAGUGCGAACAGGGCUUCGUCGGUUUCAAGGCAGGCUCAAGCGAUAGGUUGGAGUGCAACAAAGCCAAUUACGAGACGAUACUGGUCGAGAGGGGCGACAAGGGCAUCGUUUAUUUCAAGAGUCAGAACGGCAAAUACUGGCACGCGGACAGCGAGAGCGUGACAGCCGAGUCCGACAAUCCCGAGGGUUUCCAUUUGGAGCUGCGCGAACCCACUAGAUUGAGCAUAAAAACCGCUAGCGGCAACUACUUGACGGCCAGCAAAAAUGGCGCGUUCCGCGCAGGCGAGAGCAACGUCGACAGCGCCACCCAGUGGGAGUACUAGGUAGUAUCUUCAAGGUCGAUCGAGAUGUGUACAAACUCUGAUAGAUGCACCAGAGAAACGGGAAAGUAUUGAAAGCUUAACUCGUUGAAGUGCAAGGUAAAUCAUCUCAAAGUACAUAUUUUGAAAUCAUUCCUGCGCUGAUGCAAUCGUAUCUCUUGCGUUAUACCCAUAUAAUCUUUAUGCUCAUUGCACGACGCAUCUCCAUUUUUAUUGCAAUUUUGAUUAUUUAUUCAUAAAUUGUAAAAGUAAAUCAUCUUGAGGUUCAUUUGAAGAAGUUUCUGCGCAGAUUCAAUCGCCUCUUUUGCGUUUAUUACUGCCCGAUAUUUUGCAUAUUACAUUACAUUACAUUGUUCGGUGGAACUUCAAGAAGUUCCACCAAGUGGGAAUUAUAA